AUGCUAGCAAUUGUGGGAGCUUUCAAGCAUUGGAGACACUACUUGAAGGGUACACAAUGGUGCUAUUACCUUACAUCAUACGAUUUCGUAAUUAAAUGGCGGUCGGGAUCAACAAAUCCGGCAGACGCGCUGUCACGAAGACCAGACUAUAUAAGACAAAAUCAGAAGGAUGAUCCAGAAGACUCAUCCUUAAGGUUGUUGAUGACGCUAGGGGUAAAGAUCGCUCGCGUACAACAGAUCUGCACAAGCUAUCGUCGGAGGGUGAUGCAAUCCCGCGAUAAUGAAAAUCCUCAAGGAAGUGAGGAAGAGAAGACCUGCAAGGUUAGCGAGGAGUCAACGCAAGCAAGUGAAAAGCCACAAGAUAUGGUCACCUGUGUAUAUGAUAGUGAGUCGGGACGACAGGUGCAAGUGUGUCCGGGCCCGUUGGGACCCUCUUGUGUAUUGACUCAGAAGGUCACACGCCAAAGGGCUCGGCAGGCGGUCCUGAAUGAAGCACCACGGCAGGAACCCUCAGAGGGCCUGCGGCAGUUGGUAGCAGCUGCCCAGAUGGAAGAUGCCUUCUAUAUGCGGGUAGACAAGGACCUCAGCGAAGGAGACUCUACAAGACUGCACUAUGGCUGUACAAGUGACGGAGUGUUGCUGUACAAGGGCCGGAUACUAGUCCCUAAUCAAAGGAGUCUAGUACACGAGAUCCUAAGGUUACACCAUGACGAACCAUCCGCCAGGCAUUGGGGAAUCCAAAAGACAUUGGACCUCUUGCAGCGGAAGUUCAAAUGGGAGGGCAUGAGACAAGACGUCGAGGAAUACCUAAGCAGGCCAUGGAAGGAGAUAUCAAUGGAUUUCAUCACUCAAUUGCCAGUAUCCAAAGUAGGGACAGAGGAAUAUAACACCAUUCUGACAGUCGUGGAUCGAUACACUAAGAUGGCUAUAUUCCUGCCUGUCCAGGAUACUAUUGACGCAGCUGAGAUGGCGGAAUUGCUCCACAAAGAAGUUGAAUUGCGAUAUGGAUGCCCCAGUGGGAUCGUAUCAGACAGAGACUCGAGAAUCACUACCGCGUUUACAUACAAUAACAGCAUGAAUCACACGCUUUGCGUAUCCCCGUUCAAGGCCCUAUAUGGGUUUGACCCGGAAUUUCACAUCGACGUUGCGGACAACGUCCUAGAAGGGGAGAUACCUACAGCCAAGGACCAUAUUCAAAAACUCCAUAAACUUAGACAAGGACUGCGAGACCAGCUGAACACGGCACGGCAACGUCAAAUUGAAUACUAUAACAAGCGACAUACGCCGAAGACCUUUAAAAGAGGAAGCCUAGUGAAGUUAUCGACACGGAAUCUGAAGCUUAAAAACAAGAAGCUCCAACCUCGAUUUGUUGGCCCUUUUCGAAUUACAGAAGUAAUAGGGUCUCAGGCAUAUCGACUAGCACUUCCCCAGCAAUACUCACGACUUCAUGAUGUGUUCCUAAUCCAGUUGCUCAAAGAAUACCAUCCUAGGAAGAAACAAGAGAUAAUGCCAUUACCAGAACUAGAAGACAAUCCUGAGGAAUAUAAGGUGGAAGAAAUCCAAGAUAAACGAAUGAUAAAGGGAAAGGUUCACUACCUGAUCAAGUGGACAGGAUGGCCUUCGGAAUACAAUCAAUGGAUACCAGAAGAUGAUAUGAAUGCACCAAGGUUGAUCCAAGGUUUCAAGAAAUCCCGAAAACGCAAAAGAAGGUGA